CGUUAAUAGGAAAUAAAGGAUGACGACGAACAAAAAAGAAUAAGGAUGAUGAGAAAAAGAUAGUCAGUCACACUUCGCUUUUCCCAAUACAAACAAUCUUUGUGCGGUGACGCAUAUAUCUCCUCCCGUCAAUUUCUCUACUCUUACCCCCGGCGAUCUCUCUCCGACGGCCAAUGGAAGCCGUCUUCCACGCUGGUUCACUUUCCCUCACGCGCCUAGGCGCAUCACACUCUGCUUCUUCUCCAACUCUUCUUCCGCCGAGAUUUCUCGUUCUCGCCGUCCAUCCUGCCCACAAUUUCACCUUAUCUCACAGCUUGCCUUCCAAGUCCCGGAGUGCUUCAGCUUUCGCCGCCGGCGUCACGUUGAUGGCGAAUUCCUCCUCGCCAAGAAGUGGAGUGUACACUGUUGGUGAGUUCAUGACAAAGAAAGAAGACUUGCACGUGGUGAAACCUACGACCACUGUGGAUGAAGCUUUGGAACUCCUUGUUGAGAAUAGAAUCACAGGAUUUCCUGUGAUAGAUGAAGACUGGAAAUUGGUUGGGCUUGUUUCAGAUUAUGACUUGUUGGCUUUGGACUCCAUAUCUGGUAGUGGAAGAACAGAAAAUUCCAUGUUCCCUGAGGUUGACAGCACCUGGAAAACUUUCAACGCAGUGCAAAAGCUACUCAGCAAAACCAAUGGGAAGCUUGUUGGAGAUUUGAUGACACCAGCUCCAGUAGUUGUUGAGGAAAAUACCAAUCUCGAAGAUGCUGCUAAGUUAUUAAUAUUGCUCGAGACAAAGUAUCGCCGUCUCCCUGUUGUAGACUCUGAUGGCAAAUUGGUUGGUAUUAUCACAAGAGGAAACGUGGUUAGAGCCGCACUUCAAAUAAAGCGCACUGGUGACAGGAAUGACUAAGAUAUGAGCCAACCAAGAAAAUAGCUUUAAAGCAAUGAUCAAACAUUCUCCAGCGAAUAAAAAGUGAGAAACAGAGUAUUCGACAUUGUACUUAUGUAUUAGAGAGUAAGAGCCGUAACUUGUAUUACAAAGAGUUUGCAUCGAAGUGGAGAUUAGUAAAACUGUAGAAGCAUCAAAGUUCUUACACCAGUCGCAAGCAACUCAGCUUUUGUUCAACUCUGGUAAGUGGUAAGUGCACUUACUUACUUUCUUAUUCUGUCGAAUCAGCUUCUCGUUUGUUUGAUGGGUUAGGUUAUCAGAUGCUUUGGGUAUUUGAUUCUCAUCCAAUUAUGCUUUCGAAAUUUAAUUUAUAAGUAAAAAUGUUUCGUCCUUUCUACAUUUGGUUAACCACCCGAAGUAAACAACCUUUUUUUUAAUUUGAUUUUGGUUCAACCGAAAA